AUGGCCAAAGAAGGUAAACUCACCAAAAUCAAGUCAGCCCUCAGGAGAAUGCAGUCCUUCAAGCUCGGCCACGCCGCAGUCUCCGCCGCUAGAUGCUCCGACGACGACUCGGCAGCCGCCGGCGAGGAGCUCCACGCCGUCUACGUGGGGAAAUCCCGGCGGCGGUACCUUGUGACCUCCGACGUCAUGGAGAACCCGCUGUUCCGCGAGCUGGCCCAGCGGCAGGCCGACGGCGAGGGAUCGGUCACCUUCGGCUGCGAGGUGGUGCUGUUCGAGCACCUCCUCUGGAUGCUGGAAAACGCCGAUUCCAAGACGGAAUCGCUGAACGAGCUCGCUCAGUUCUACACCUGCUGA